UUUUGCAUAAAAAACGAUAGAUAAAAUACACGAUGAAGAUGAUCUGGUCGAUAGUGUUGCUCGUUGUCGUUGUCGGGGUGAUGAACGUAGGGGAAUGUUGGGAGGAGCCGGUCGGCAAUGGUGGUGACGGAGUAAUACGUGUUGGCGGCAAAGUGCUUUGUCAGGAUUGCACCGAGGGGUGGAAUGAAUGGGUCGCCGGGCAUAAACCUAUCAAAGGUUGUACGGUUUCUGUGACAUGUAUGGACGAAAGAAAGAGGAUAGUUUACUAUGGAAGGGACGAGACUGAUUCAGAAGGCGAGUUUGAGGUCACUAUAAACAAAUACAUCCACGGAAAGCAGAUAAAGCCUGAAGCUUGUUUCACAAGGCUCGUUUCUUCACCUGAUCCUAUUUGCAACAUUCCGACUGAUUUUGCCGGAGGCAAGACCGGAGUAAAGCUUGGCCGCCCAACCUUGGUGUAUCGAGACAUGAUCAAACAUGUCCUUGGCCCGUUCUAUUACACCACACCUAUGUGUGAUGAACCAGAUACCAACGUUAAUGAUAACGAUAAUGACGAUGAUAAUUCUUACGAGAAAGAAAAAAACUACUGAAGCUCUAGUUUUUUUAUUUAUUAAUUCAACGUUCUCGUUUUUACUAAUUAUUUUUGUAUGGGGAACUUUUAUAAACUUCAAGUAAAAUCGUAUCUUUUUGUUA